AUGUCACCCCUCCCUCCGUCUUCACCGCUCACUCCCAUCGCGCUGUCGAUCCAAGGCUCACCGUGCAGCUCGGGAAUUGAGGCUGACUCGCAAGGCCUUCCAUUUGAGACCGGAGAAGGACAUUGUGCUGAUGACCACCCCAUUGAAUCCGCAAACAGGACCCCUGAGGCUGCCAUUGCAGUCGUGCCCACCCCAAUCCCUCUUUCUCCUUCAUUUCCUGCUGCCAAUUCCCCACCACAAACUCCUGUUGCUCGCCAGCCCACUCCACCACUGUACCCGAGCAGCAAUGGGCUAGACAAAUCCACGCCCAUCCGUGGGUCUCCUUCGACGAAGAAGAAGAUUGUACGCGCGAAGGGCCAGAAGAAGCGAGCGAAAACGCUGCGGCGGCAGCGAGAGGAACAACACGAGCGUGCCCAGCAGCUUGCGACGGCGAACGCCAAUUAUCAAGCUGCAAUCGCUGCACAUGCAAUGGAGCUCACCUUGGGAGAUUCAAGCGAUGAGGAUGCGAGCGGAGGUCUCGCACAGGCUAGGGAUGGGCCAGCUCCGAGUCCGCGCCCACGGGAAGAUGUCCUCGAGGAGGUGCUUGCAUUGCUCAAGAGCCAUGGAUUGACGUGGGGCGAUCUCGUCCUAUACGUCUCCGACCCGAGUUCUAAGAAGGGACUUGAGAAGUACAAGGGCAUGUUCGAUGUUCCAGGUCGCAUCGAGCAAGUACUCACAUAUUGGACCUCGUCUCGGAACAGUCCAACCGGACGCCAAGCCUUAUACACCUGGAUCGUGAACUACGUCCGAAGACUUGUUACGCGCGAGGGCAUCCGGGCAACCAAGGACGGUGUCCUACAGUCCUCGCGUAUGCGCAUGAGCGAGGCCUUUGUGACGAACUUCAGCCUGACGCAACUUCAUGAACGACUCACCAUGCUAUGUCCCCUCAUGGCAGAGCUAUUACGGGAGUUUACGAUGACCACACGGCAGACGAAGGCAGUCACGGUCGAUUCUGCGGCACGAAACAACUUGCGUGUUGGCUCGGCCCUGAUGACGCUGCUAUCAGAGCGCAGUCAGAAGAAUAGUUAUGGAAGGCAUAUCGUUGGACUAUACCUAUAUGCGUCCGGUGCUCAGCGACAGAACAUCAGUGUCCUGUCGCAGAUCGGCAUUUGCAGCAGCUACACGACCAUCGCAGGGACCUCAGCAGCCAAAACCCCACAACAUUCCGUCGACUCUGUGGAUUCAUCAGGUAGCAGCAGCGACAGCGAUACAGACUCUGCAUCCGACCAGGGAGACGAGUCGGACUUGCCGGAGUCGCCGCAAUCUCCGAGUCGAGCAAGUCAAGACGUCCUUGAGCUCCCAGAGGUGCAGGCUCCAGGACCAAUAGAACAAAGCCAGGUCUCGCAUGCCGAGAAGGACACGCUACCGAGAGCGCAGAACAACUUGCUGGACGAUAUUGAUGAAGACGAACCUGACGAGGGAGGUGGCAAAGUAUCCAUUCGAGGCGCGGGACUCCUGCGGCGUCUGUCUGAAGUCUGCCGCAGCAGCGCUCGUACUCAGGCUCGUCUUCAUGAGCUCGCCCACGUCUACGACAACAUCAACUGGAUCCUUCGCGCCGCUGAACAGAUAAUGGGGCGCAAGGAUUCGAUCGAGAAUGGGACGUGCGCCACCGUUUUCCCGCUCUUUGAGGCACCCUGCGAGGAUAUGCGGACUACAGAUUUGCUGCAUGCCUUCGACACCGCACCCCCUCUCAUACGCGACGACAUCCUCCUCGAUGCGAGCGAGACACAGCUCUUGUUCACGAUGCUCGAACACAACAUUCUCCGCAUUAUCACCUCUUAUGGGGGCGAAGGUUUCAACCGUUUUCGUGUCAAUGUCGAACGCACCUUGCCACGUACGGCCGAAUGCAUCGCGUUACACAAGACAGAGGUCUAUCCGCUCCCAGCGAUGAACAUCGAGGAGGCGAGCGUGAAAGGCAAUGCCGAGGUGCUAGAGGCAAUCUUCAGUGAGCUCGGCCACGAUCUUUCCUCUACAAAAUUCACGGAGACGGUCAAGAUCGUCUUCGGCGACCAGCUUUCUGUGGCCCGUGUCCGCGCUGUCACCAACAACCGCAUGGGCCAUGAUACCUUCGUGAAAUCGUUUCUAUACACGACGUUUGCCCCAGGUCUCUUCCACUACCAGAUGGCCGCUGCACAUGGUCUCCUUGAGAUGCACUGGGGCGAUCCCAGUCUAGGGCCACUUGAUCCGGCGAGCCUCUACUGGCACAAUACCACCUUGGAUCGCAAGCCCUUCGUCUUGAGCAACCGUCCACCAUACCGCGUCGGGCGUGACCUCAUUUUUCACUCGCUCUAUGGGCGUAUACUCCACUGCCUCGAAUUGGUCUCAUCAUGCGACAGCCUAGACAACUACGCCGAGAGUGUGACUUUCGAAGACUUGCAACAGCAUGUCAAGGAGAUUGUGGCGCAGUUCGUGAAUCCGGCUGUGGUCUCGAAGCUCCGUAGUGCUCGCUCGCGGGAAUCAGCUCGCGCCAGCUCGGACGAGCCGCUUGCAUUUACCCAGGGUGACAUGGUCUUCGAGAAUGCGUGCCUGUUUCUCCGAGAUGCUCUCAUCCUGCGAGAGUUCUGCGAUUCGAUCAAGGCCGGUGACUCGGGACGGCUCAUCAUCAUCCUGAAGAUAUUAACUCUAAGCUACCGGGGCAGCGGUCGGACGAAGUAUGCCCAGGAAACAUUAUAUCUUGUACACAAUCUCGUGCACUUAUGGCCGAAGCCGUUGCGUGACAUCAUCAUCAAGAAUUGGCUCGUCAACACGACAGGAAAGCCGAACCAUUGGUACCCUGUUGACUUGUUGCAGGAACACAACAUCUUCUGGACGAAGACGAUAUACAACGCCCAGGGUAGUGGGGCUUCGUGGGACUGGCUGGAGAUGAUAUCUCCCUGCAUCAACAUCCUUCGCCAGCUCGUAACAUCGAUGAACGAGGCAUUAGGAUCGAAACAGGGGAUGAAGCACGCCGCGCCGGAUCUCACGCGCGACCUCGAGGAAUUGCGACGCUCGCUCGCAGAAGGCAACGUGUACGUGGUACAGCCGGGACGUAUUAUUGAUGGUGAGAAAGGUGUGGUGCCGAACGUAGUCGCUGUUGGUCUCUCACAGCUCGCUGGGCCGCUCAAUGACUACAACAAACUGAUGGCCAAGCUCAAGAAACGCCGUAGGAGAUCAUCGCCGCUCGUUGCGGGUGCUCCUGGACAAGCAACGGCGGCGACCUCCGAGUCGCAUGAUCGCUCGAGGGAUCGUGUGCCGACCGCGGAACGGCUAGCGUCCGAUCUGCCGAACGCACACUUGGAGUACGAGGCCUCGGGUGUACAGGAGGUGUCCGAUGAUGAGUACGACGAGGGCGGGGAGGAGAUGACUGCCAGCGAGACUCUAGAGAGUUGGCUAGAGCCCGAGGAAUUGUUUUCCCUAGACGAAGAGGAUGAUGUUGAUCCUUAUCUUGAGUAAUAAAAUAUAUUCACUCGG